AUGAAAUACGAGGAGUCACCGGAGAUUUUCGGAAAGACUCAAAUCGCUCAAAUAACUCAUGAACAAUCUUUGACACCAGUAAAUAUUUUACAAAUGACACCGGCUAUUACUGGAGAGUACGGUACAGUAAGACAAUCUUCGACGUCAGCAAAUGUUUUGCAAAUGACACCAGCUAUUGCUGGGGAGUGCUGUAUAGAAUGUUGUCCAGUUGCAGCAGCAGAAGCGGCACAAGCUGCAAUAACUAUGCGAGACUCAGGGCCUAAUCGAGACUCAGAGUCUAAUAAUACAGAUCAUACUGCUAAUGAACCCAGACAUUCCUCAUUUCUAUGGACAGCGCAGGAUCUUCAACAUGGAUGUAAAUGGCAAGGAUGUUAUCUACGAUUUGAAACCCAUGAAGAAUUAACUGGACAUGUUAGUGAAGGACAUAUUGGAUGCG